CAAAGCCUGCCUCUGAGGUUGCAGGCUACUUGCUCAUCGCAUCAUGUGCACGAGGAGUCAUCCUCGGGCAUAUAGGCCAUGAAUUCUCGCAUAUCGUCCAGUACCCUGCUAAAUUCUACCCCCAACCCCAAUUCUUCACCAAGAUCGCUCGGAUAAUAGGUAACUUACACGGAUCCAGGCCGUGUUAGCGGAUUUUUCCAGUUUUUCCAGACUCUUUACAGUUUGAAGUGUGACCAGACACAGUUGGCGGAUAUGCUUAAUCGAGUUCGUGAUUUUUUGGUUCCAGUAGGUGCUUUGGUGCAGGAUAACCAUUCUUGAUAGAUUCUUCUCCGCUCGAGAAAUGAGCCUCUGACAUGGUCUGCUGCCGUAGCCUUCAAUCCUGGGACUGAACCCAAGAUCCCAUUCAAGAGAGUCUUCUAAGAAUGACAUCGAGAAACAGGAAUCUGGUAUGGAUCACGGAGGGCCUCAGGAGCCAGACUUUCGAAACUGCCUCUACCAGGUACUAGUGGGAGACGCCCAGCCAGACCGGAUUCUUGGAAAAUGUUGGCUUUGGUACACGGGCUACUUGGAUGCCCAAAUAAAAGAAUGUUUCCACUCCACUCUCGCGCCUACUAUUGUCGGCCUGAACUCGCUCUGCACAGAAGAUGGAUCCAGAUGGGUAGCUCAGGCUGCCAUUGUGUACAGUAUUCUCACAAUUGUGGCCGAAGAAAUCCGCCUACGGAGAGAAGCUUCCAUAGACAGUAUCAUACUCGAGCUGGAUUCGAAGCGACUGUUGAAACGUGCAGAUGGCCACUUUCUCACCGACGACGAACAGAAUGCUGCUCGACAAAUGGUUUGGCACCUGGUUGGUAUCCUCACGAUGUUGUACGACCCAAUGAGAUCCACGAACUGCCGCGAGCUCAAAGUACAUCAGCCAUUGUCAAGUCUUCGUGGCCGAGGGAGGCACAGAAAACGCGUCCUAUCAACUUUCAGCCAGAGCAUCGCAAAGUCUGAAGAGCAGUUCCAUUCAUUGUUAGGACAUUUUGGCGAACUCUUGCCCGAGGCUGAGGAUAUGUCGUCAAAUGCUCCUCUAGCAGGAUCCACGGACAAUCAUCUCAACAUUGCCUAUGUCAGUUUCCAUGGCCUGAAAAACGUCGCCAAACUCAACAUAGAAUGGGUCAAUGUCAUGAACCUGCACCUUCAGCUCGACCAACGGAAGCGAAUCCUACGCCUCUAUCGCUUCCCAGCUUUUUGUCGGUUACUAUGGCAAGACGAUGAUGAGUCAUGUCUUUUACAAAGGUUGUUCCAAGACCAUCGUACCUCUUUGGUUGCCUCAGUGCCCACAGAUGCCGCCCGUCUUGGCAUAUCAGACUUUCUCCGCGAGAUCAUUCUAUCUUAUCGCUUGAUAUUUGGCAUGGACAAGUCAUCCCGCCGUGCGUUCGAAGGCGAACUCGAAGCUUGGGCACGCGAUAAAUCCCAUUCGACCCCACUUUCCUCUCGGCGUCUCUACGAAAUGGACCCUUUACUCAAACUGGUCUGCCAAUCACCCUCGCCGAAUCCCAAUUCGCCGUCUGACCUUCUGUCGCUUUUAGAACUUCUCGACGGCGAGGAGACAUCAACGCUCUACCCGUUCGAGGAGUUCCCUUUUCUCGGCAAGCGGCUCGCCGAGCUUCAGCGCUUCAGCAUCGCCCACAAACCCAACGACUGGAAAUCACUCGUGUGGAUCGACCGGCGCGACGUCAAGAACUUCUGGAGCAUCUGGAUCGCAUGGGCUGUGUUGAUCGUCGGAGGUGCAACAAUCAUAUUACAGGCCUUUCAGCUGGCCUUUCAGGUUUGGAGUUCGAUCGUAGCUUUUCACGAACUCAACCUCGAACGCGGAUGAAAGCUUCUCACGACAUCAUACUCGAACCUGUCGACCUGGUCAGCAGCCCCUUUGUGUUUUGCCCUUGCUCUUAAUGUGUUCUACUGUCCAGUGGUGCGACUUGAUUAUAGGGUCUCAGUUCUACUGCCGCAUGUAUACUGGUUGUGCUUGGACGGACGAGUUCAAAUAUGCCGUGAGGCGAAGUGGAAAAGGAAGAUCAAGAUACGUUUUGUUAAAACGAAAA